AUGUCUAAAACAGUUGCAAUAAGGGAAACUGAUAACAUGAACCCCAAGUCACAUAUAAAAAUUGUGUAUUAUAGUUCUCUCAAGUUCUUUAAGGUAUGUUUUUUUGCCAUUCAUGUAUAUUUCCUCAAAUACAGAUGUUUUGCUUUACUAGGAAAUACGAGCUUAGAGGAUGCCAUAAAUUGGAUAAUUGAUCAUGAGAAUGACAUUGAUAUUGAUGAGAUGCCAUUGGUAGAUGUAGACAUUGAUAUAGAUUCUUCCGAAUCAUUCCCUAUCACAGAAGAAAUGAGAAUCAAAGCUCAGAAUUUAAGGGUACAAGAGGGUAACAGGAAACAGGAGGAAGAAAAAAGAUUGGAGAGAGAAAGGGAGAAGGAGAGGAUUCAAGCUGGUAAGAGACUCCUUGAGGCAAAGCGAAUUGCUGAUGAAAAUGAAAGAAAACGGACUUUGUCCUUGAGAAAAGCAGAAAAAGAAGAAGAGAAAAGAGCCAGAGAAAAAGUUCUCCAGAAACUGGAGCAGGAUAAGUUAAAUAGAAGGUCUAAACAUGGAUUACAUUUAGAGGGCCAAGCAACUGUGAGAUCAUCAGCUAUUGAAAUACAACAAGAAAAGAAGCCAGAGCCUGUUUAUACAACUGCAAAAGUUGAGCAGCUGAGAGAAUGUCUGAGGAAUCUUAAGCGUAACCAUCAGGGUGAGGAUGCAAGAGUCAGAAGGGCCUUUCAAACACUUAUAGUCUAUGUUGGAAAUGUUGCCAAGAAUCCCAAGGAGGAAAAGUACAGGAAAAUUCGAUUGAGUAAUCCACUAUUCAAGGAUAGAAUUGGAAGUUUAAAUGGAGGUGUAGAGUUUCUUGAACUAUGUGGUUUUGAGAGAACGGGCGACUUCUUGUAUCUUUCUCAUGAGAAGGUUGACAUGAGGCUGCUAAAUUCAGCUGGUUUUGCCUUGAAUUCUGCAAUCACAAAUCCUUUCUUUGGUGUUUUAAGUACUCCUUCCAAUUAAGUUUCAGUAAACAUUUAGUCUACAAUUUAAUUAGUUCGGAAAGUGGAUAUAUAGCCAAAGGCAGAAACAUAUCCUUCGUGUUAAAAGUUAAGCAUGGGAAUGAAUGCAACUUAUUUUAUAGA